GCAAAAUAUACCGGCUACAACAACCAAGUUAAAAACUAUUAUUCCAUACGAACAGAGGUUAGAGGAAUAUAAGAAAAAAAGAGAUGAGAUUUUUAAAGAUUUUCAGCCGGAAGUUACCAAAAAGAUUGUGUAUAUGUUAGAUACGUUGUCCUGCAACUUCAGCUUAAGCAAUUACCGAAGCUGAUUGACAUCACUGACAACUCCUCUACAAACUAUCUCCGAGGAGGUAGUGGUAUUUGAAUUGUCUAAGUUGUUGUUUUUGUUGCUCACCUCGAUACACUCAAAUAGUUGUAAAUGUACUAAAAAUGAGACAAGGGAUCCUCAGCGAUCACUUAGAACCUCUGCGUUCACUUGUCUGCAUUUGCAUAUGUAUUAGAAAUAGACAAGGGAUCCCCUGCGAUCACUUAGAACCUCUGCGUUCACUUGUCUUUGAGUAUCGAAAGCUUAAGCAUCAAGGCCUCUGUCGCCACUUCACAUACCAAAAGGUAAUUAUUUGGAGAAAAGAAAAUAAAAUCUGAAUUCAAUAAACCAGCAAACUUAUUUGGAUUAAAAACUAAUCAUUUGUGUUUUUAUUUUGCUUUUUUAUACCUUUCAUAUCAACAUUUGGUCGCAUCGAGCCGGAUUUUUGGAAAGCGAAAAGUUUGCCUGGAUAUUAAUUGACGUUUUUUUUUCUUUUCUUUUCCAAAGGAAUCAUCCACAGCACUUCCCCCCUCACAAUUUGCAUCAACCAUCCUCCACCAAUCUCAUCAAAACAUCAUAAAACAGUUUUGGCAUCGCAGGAACUUUUCCCAGAAGUUGUCUUGUCCGACUAUGAUGAUGCGGUGAUGUCCGACCGCGAGCUAGAAGCGGAAUUGAGGGCAACCAAUCCAAAUAGUUCCGGUCCAGAUGGUGAUCCUGUGGUGGAACUUGUUCCAACCACCUCCGCUGCUGACGUCCGUGCGUCCAUUUCUGAGCCCUCCCAAACAGUGGCUACAGCAGCGCUUUCACGCGUCAGACGCGCGCCGAUAAAUUCCAUGGUCCUAUGUCUGCUGUGCACCCAACCUCACGCGUUGAAGAAAUGUUCGGUAUUCCGAAGGAUGGCGCUUGAAAAACGUAUUCGGACUGUGACAUACCACCGUUGCUGCUAUAACUGUCUACGUCCGGACCAUGUAUCAAAAUUCUGCCAAAUUAGUCAAAGGUGCAAAUUUUGUACGAAGAAGCACCACACAUUAUUGCAUGAAGCUCCGCGUACGAAGAACUUGGACACGGCACAACGCACCAACAAAUCCAUUGUUCCGCGAGGUACGUUUCCAGUACCACCGAGACACGUUUUACCCACAUUGAUGUUACCGAUAGGUCGCAUAAUGUCCCUGUUCCCCACUGUUGUUGUUCGUCUCUGUUUGCCUAAGUCAACCGUUGCGGUACGGGCAUUAUUAGAUCCUUGUUGUCCCGUAAGUCAAGUCUGUGUGUCACUUGUUAAUGUUCUUCGUUGGCCUACCACGUCAGUUAAACAUAUGACUUACGCGGAUUUUAUGAUUAUGUCACGUUUUGAUCCGUCGCAGAGACAAUUUGUAACCGCUAGCGUCGCAAACAUAACACGUGGCGUGAUACCUUCCUUUUCGGCUCCUCCUAACAUACGCGAUUCGUUUGUAGGUCUCGAAUUAGCAGAUCCUAAUUUUGAUCGCGCUGGCCCAAUCGCUAUGGUACUUGGGCCAGAAAUUUAUCAUAAAAUCGUAGAACCGCGCGUCAUUUCCAACCCUGGUCUUCCUACAGCAAUAUACACUAAAUUUGGUUGGACAAUAUCGGGUCCUGUGCCAUUAUAAUUAUAGUUUUCUUAAACUGGCACUUUUUGAAAAACAAAAAAAAAAAAUGUUAAAAUAUGAAUUAAAAUUAAUAAAAUGCUCAAAAUGAACUGAACUUACGUCAAACAUGUUUAUAUAAAUGUAUUUAUCUAAAUUUAUGAAUAUCUCUAGGUAUAUGUUGUUGAUUCAUAUGGAUAUAUGUAUCAAGUUGGGCGGCAAUGUAUAUGUUAGAUACGUUGUCCUGCAACUUCAGCUUAAGCAAUUACCGAAGCUGAUUGACAUCACUGACAACUCCUCUACAAACUAUCUCCGAGGAGGUAGUGGUAUUUGAAUUGUCUAAGUUGUUGUUUUUGUUCCUCACCUCGAUACACUCAAAUAGUUGUAAAUGUACUAAAAAUGAGACAAGGGAUCCUCAGCGAUCACUUAGAACCUCUGCGUUCACUUGUCUGCAUUUGCAUAUGUAUUAGAAAUAGACAAGGGAUCCUCUGCGAUGACUUAGAACCUCUGCGUUCACUUGUCUUUGAGUAUCGAAAGCUUAAGCAUCAAGGCCUCUGUUGCCACUUCACAUACCAAAAGGUAAUUAUUUGUAGAAAAGAAAAUAAAAUCUGAAUUCAAUAAACCAGCAAACUUAUUUGGAUUAAAAACUAAUCAUUUGUGUUUUUAUUUUGCUUUUUUAUACCUUUCAUAUCAACAGAUUGCAAAAACAAGAAGACUUUAUAGAAAUAGAAAAAUUGAAAGAAAGGAAAUUGCUUCAGCUUGUCUAGAA